AUGACUACCUCCAUGACAAAACUGCAGGAGCUCUACAACCAGCAGGGCUUUCUCUCAGCGCUGCCUGUAUUGAAUGAGACUGAGCUGAGGGAGGCCAAGCAUGCCUUUUCUGAGCUGGAAAAAGAGUUUGGUGAAGAAUACACUCAGUACAGCCUCCACAAUGUUCACCUUCAGUAUCCAUGGGUGAGGAGCCUGACCAAACACCCUCACAUCUUAAAAGUGGUCAAAGCUGUCCUGGGCCCUGAUAUCAUCCUGCUGGACUCCCGCUUCAUCUGCAAAUACCCAACACUUAAAUCUGACAUACAGGAGAAUGAAGAGGGACAAACCAAAACUGAUAGGAAUGUGGCAGAGAAUGCACUUCCAUAUGUGGCCUGGCAUCAGGAUAUGAGGUAUUGGGGUAUUGCUGGUGGACCUGUUCUCUCUGUGUGGCUUGCUUUAGAUGACUCACUGAAAGAGAACGGAGCCCUUCAAGUCAUCCCAGGCAGCCACUGCGCUGGCAUGUUGCCCCAUCAUCUAGCCACUCGUCCUGGAAACAUGCUGUCAGUCAAUCAGGAGAUCCCAGAGGAGCUAGUGCAGACUGACGAAGCUGUGUUUUGCCCUCUGUUAGCUGGGCAGAUGUCUAUUCAUGAUGGACUCCUGGUCCAUGCCAGUGAUGCCAACACAUCCCAGAUGAGGCGUUGUGGGUUUGUGAUCCGUUAUGUUCCCACCUGUGCAUAUCCCACACAGGAUCCUGAUCGUCCCAGGAAGUUUGAUGCAACAAUGUUGGUCUGUGGAAAAGAUCACUUCAAUCAUUUCACCAACAAAACCACAGGAAUACUUCCUUGAUUCUUCCUACUUACAAGAACAGCUACUUGUACACAGGAAGCUCACAUGUCUAUUCUAUGUUUAUGAAUAAUAUAUUUUACCAAAAAUAAGGACAGGUUUCAAUGACA